GCCAACUGAAUGAGCAAAUGCCGAAAUCUGUCAGUUUACGUACAGAUUCUGCAGUGUCUCACAGUUUUAACUUCAUCAUGACUGAAUCUUUGCUUCGCUGGACUGUUGAUAAAUUAAAGCAUAGUUUUGGAUUGGAAGCAAGCGAUGACAUUGUACAGACAGGUACAUCCUUUCUAUUGACAAUGCUGAUGCAAUUGUGGAGUAUAUUGGAGAUCUCUUAAAAGGAACAGAGAGAAACCAGAAGGAUUUUGUGGAUGAGCUGCUGCAGAGAUGGCAUUGGUGUCAGAUGCAAGUGCCUGAUGUUCAAGAGUGUGUCUAUAAGAAAGAGGCAAUCAUGGGCACACAUUAAGAGUGGCACGGUUCAACUUUUUCACGGUGCGAAGGCAGAACGUGGUACACAUCCCAUAGGGGGCGCCUGUGUAUUACUCCUGCUGCUAACUGACCAAUCCUCAAGAGAUUGCAGAGGUAGAGGCCAUGUACCGUCACAUUUACAAAGAAGAGCCCAAGUUUCCUACGGAGUAUCCCACAUGCUGUCUGCUGGGCUGCGUGAAUGUCACAGAUUGUCUCUCUCAGGAGCAAUUCAUGGAACAGUAUCCCCAGAUCGGUGAGGAGUCGACUUCUUCAUUUGUCUUCAUUUGCUCCAACCCCCAGGAGUUGGUGGUGAAAUUUCCCAUGAAAGGGAAACACAAGAUUUGGAAACUGGAGAGCCAGAGCCACCGAAGUGCCAAGAAGUGUUUAAUGCAGCCAGCGUGACCUAAACAAAGCCACGGUGAUCAAGAGACGAAAAACGAAGAGUCGCUUUGGAAGCCUCAUGUUGCCUGUGUCAUGCAGCAGCAGGAAUCACCAUGUCACAUAUGGGACUAAUGGUGACAUCAGUAGCACAGCAAAUGCACAAUCAUUCCCUGAUUAAAUGUUAUUGCUUUUUAUGCAAUAAAAGGCU